AUCGUCGUUCGGUGACGUAUGACGCUCUCGGUCGAGCUGUUCCAGCCUACACAGACCCCCGUUCAUUUUCAGGCCGGGUAGGAUCCCAGCAAAAAUACUGCGAUCGGUUCAACCUAUGAAGAUUGGGCUUCACAAUCGCCAUCCAUCCUUUGAUUAGACAACAUUUUGUGGAAAUAUAUCACUGUCACUGAUCAGAAGGUACAAUAAGUCGUUGAAUCGAAUCUGAAGGCACUGGGAAGAGGCGCAAAGAAAAAUUUCCAUACUCGAUGACAUUACAUCGCAAUGUCCGAUCGUUUGGGGCAAAUAACCAAGUCCAAGGAUGGGAAAAGCAAGUAUUCCUCACUCAGCCUAUUUGACAAGUACAAGGGAAAAUCAAUAGAAACUCAGAAAAACACAGUAGUUCCGCGACAUGGCUUGCAGAGUCUUGGCAAAGUGGCCACAGCCCGGCGCAUGCCCCCACCUGCUCACCUGCCGAGCUUGAAGUCCGAAAACAAAGGAAACGAUCCCAACGUGAUUAUUGUGCCUAAAGACGGUACAGGAUGGGCAAACAAGCAGGAACAACCCGAUCAAAAGAGUUCUAUUGCAUCAAUACCACAGCUGCCGGAGUUGCAGCCGCAGCUGGCUUUACAGAAAUCUGUCUCCAAUCUUCAGAAGCCCUCACCGGUAGCCAACCAGGAGAACGCGACCACAUGUGGACCAAAGCAAUGGGCCCAGCUAAAUGGAAAGGCAGUAGAGCAAGAUGGUUCAAGGGCCUCAAACCGACUUCAGCCCUUCUCUCACGAGGAAUUUCCCACGCUGAAAGCAGCUGGAGAACAGGACAGGGCUGGCAAGGAAAGAAGCGGCUUCGAUCCGUCGUAUGGGCCCGGACCAAGCCUCCGCCCCCAGAAUGUGACGAGCUGGAGGGAAGGUGGUGGCAGGAACCUUCAACCCUCGUCCCUGACCCUCGCCCUGCCAGCAGAUGCUGAGGGGAAGAUCACUGCCCUGGGUGAGAGCGGCACCCCUCCAGCCUCAUCUCACCCCUCCGCUACUACCGGCACAACCUCUAGUACCGUAGUGACUGCUCAGUCACCAGUCCUUGACCCCAAGGAGCCUUCCCUGCGACCCGCCCAGCCUGUCCGCAGAACAACCGUCCCUACUGCCCUGCAGUACCAGCUUCACCACACCUCAACUGCUGUCUACCAUGACAUGUUGCCCGCGUUUAUGUGCUCUAAAGAGACACGUGAAGCCCCAGGGACAGACCAUGUUCCUGCCACCGUUGCAGCCCCAGCCCGAUUUGACAGUAAACCUGCCUUUAGGCAGAGCUAUGCCAAACCUGAACUUGUCAAUGGUGAUGUGAAAAGAGAGAACCGCUUUGUCCGUGCUCCACCUCGAUUGUCUUCUCAGCCUAUUCGUAGGCCUGGUGACAGACUGCAACGUCCAGCUAUCAUUAAUCCAGAGGACCUAAAGGAUCUGGAUGACCUUGACAAUGACUGUGAGGAUGGAUGGGCUGGACUCCAUGAGGAAGUCGAUUAUAGCGAAAAGCUCAAGUUCAGCGAUGAUGAAGAAGACCACGGUGAUAAAAACAAGAUGUGGACUGAAUGGGAGAGAGAGCGAGAGAGAGAUGUCCAACGUGACUGCCAAUCCUCCCUGAGUUCGGGUGAGGCGUCUUACCCUCAAGAGGGCCCUGAGGAGAGUUAUUCGUACCAACAUCACCAUCACGAGCCUCCCAGGAAGACCAGUGGCAGAUAUGUCUCUACGGACACCCCGGCCCAACAGAAAAACCAAGGAGAGCCACUGAAUGACCAGGAAGAUCACCAGCGCCAAUCUCAGGUUCAGGGACCGGCUAGGGCAAAAUAUGUGUCCCCUGAGCUGUCGGAGGCUGUUGAGAGGGCACGCAGACGCAGGGAGGAGGAAGAGAGGCGUGCCCGAGAGGAACGUCUGGCUGCCUGUGCUGAAAAACUCAAAAAGCUGGAUGAAAAGUUUGGGAAGACUGAAAGGCAGAUGUCAAGAACAGAGGAAGGCCAGAAGGAGGGAGAGAGCAAAGAAGUUCCACUGUCCCCAAACAGGGAACAGAGUAAAGGCCACCUUGAGAACUGGCAGUACGGCACAAAAGACGCCAGUGAGUGCCCUCCCAACAACUCUCCUGGUUACCGUGAGGAACCUGGCUUCUCCAGCUACCGCGGCAGCGAGGAUGAUGGCCAGGAGCCCUCCUCCCCCUCAGGAGACUACAGUGGACGUCAUCCCUCUAAAUCCAUCCCAACCCGCUUUCAAAAGCAGCCGCAACAACACCACCAGCAGCAGGAACAAGUAUACAAGAUGCAGCACUGGCAGCAGUCAGGUCACCCUGCCCCUUCUGGCUCAAGCCACACCCAGAGGGGCUACUAUCCCCCUCAUGUCCUCGGGUUUGAUCCUCGCUGGAUGAUGAUGCCACCUUUCAUGGAUCCCCGCAUGGCCCAAGGACGAUCUUCUGUGGACUACUACCCUGGAGCUGUCCACUCUUCAGCAGGAAUGAUGAAACCUUUGAUGCAUCAGGACCACUUGAACAGUCCUGGCUCUGAUGAAGGAUGUCAUCCUAACCUGCACCAGGAGAGAAGAGCCCCUUCCACUGAGCCUUAUCCCAUAUGGAACCAAGAUGGCUACCCCUUGCGCAGUUUCACACCACCUUAUCAGCGACAGCAUGAAAGCUCGGACAGUGGCCAGCCAGAUGACAAAAGUGAUAUGGCCUGCUCUCAACAGGAAUCCUAUGAAGAGAGGGCCAGUGAGAGCUUGACACACCCCCAAGAUGACCUCCACCAUCAUGCUUACCAGAACCGAGGCCCAGACAGAGAGCACCAACACCACGACCAAGGCUUGCUGACCACUGCUCAGAACCACUCCCAGAAUCAUGCAGAUAGUGAUUACCCAAAACAGGACGCUAGAGAUAAGCAUCUGAAAGACGGACCUGAAUCUCAUGAUGAGACUUUAGAUGGCUCCAAAGACAAUUGGAAAAGAGAUGGAGGCCAGAAACAAGAUGGGGGGCUGAACAAUGCUCAAAGCCAGUGGUCUGAACCCAGUUCCAGUUCCAGUAGUAGUGUUAGCCAGCCAUGUGAGACCAGUGGGCGUCCCUUGACUCGCAGAACUGGGCCCAUCAAGAAACCAGUUCUCAAGGCUCUCAAAGUUGAAGACAAGGAGAAUGAGAAGCCUAAACCUGAGCCUGAGGAGAAGACUGUCCCUUACCGCCUGGAGAAGGAAGUCCUUACUAAUGUUUAUGACUUGAAAAAAGACAACCAGCCUGUUAGCAACAGGCGUUCAGCCUCACCUAUUGUUGAAAAACAGCCCGAAGAGAGGCAACGUCAGUCACCAGCUCCCACCAAAACAGAAAGACCUCUGAGCACCCAUAGUGAUGACUCACCCAAGGAGUCCAUCUGGGACAAUGGCAAGAGCCAGUUACCUAGAGAUAGCCAAGAAAGCCGAGAGCCCCAUGCACCACGGCGCAAUAACUGGAUCUUCAUUGAUGAAGAACAGGCCUUUGGUGCAGUCAGGGGAACAGGUAGAGGCCGCAGUCGAGGCUUUCGGGAAUUUAACUCUAGAGGCGGAACCCGUGGUGGCCGUGGUGGAGACAAUCUCCGAGGGGCUUAUAACAGCAAUAACAACAGCAGUGGUGCUCAGCGCACAGUCAGAGUUCGAGCACCACAAAGGGACCUUGUCAAAGUGGAGGAGUUCCAGAGGGGCAAGCCCCGGAGGCGAAAUGUCAGUGAAACCCUGAGUGAAGCCUCUGAGUACGAGGAACUGCCCAAGAGGCGUCGCCAAAAGGGAUCUGAAAAUGGAGAAGGUUACGCAGAAUCUGGAGAAGUACGUAAAGUUGAUAGAGAUUCUUGGAGAUCCAACAAAGUGUACACAGAUGAUCAGACAGCCUCGGAUUCCAGAGAAAAGGCCAAAAACAGCAGAGGAUUUGGAAAUCGUGUACUGCCUCCCAGACUAAACACAGCUGGAAGUUACAGUCGAAGUUUUGCAGGAUCCAGGGACAUUUCUACAUGGAGGGGUCGUGGGCCCCAGUUUAGUAGCAGUGGUGGUUCCAUGCAAGAAAAUGGUUAUGGUCCUGGAGGUGAGACUGCUUACUCUCGCAGACCCCCUGUUGAACGCGAAGCUCUAAAAUAUCCCCCCAAAUUUUCUGGCACCUUCAUGGAAAAUGGCACUGAGGACCGGGAAGGAGAGUACUACUUCGACAAUGACAACCCUGACAGGCAGAUGUUAAGGAGACGGCGUCCACCGCGCCAGGACAAGCCUCCACGUUUCCGUCGUCUACGACAAGAACGUGAACCUGGCUCAAACCAGUGGACAAGUGAGGAGUACGUAAAUGGAGAUUUUGCAAACCCCUGGCCCGGUCGCUCCAAAGGCAACGGGGAAGACAGCUGGCCCAGUGGACACUACUCUGGUGGGCGCUCUAGCCAACAUGGUCAGACGGAGGAGUGGGACACAGGAUCAGAGAACAGUGACUUUGGUGACUGGAGAGAGAAGCGAGGUGGAAGCGGAGGCCCAACUACACAGGGGCACGGUGAUAUCCCCUCAGACUCUGGCCAUAGUGAGCCAGGCUCUGGUGAGAAGAGGGAACUUUGCAAGAGAAGUUUUUCCAGCCAGAGACCACUGGUGGAACGGCAGAACAGGAAAGGAGAGCCAUCACUGCUGGAAGCCAACAAAAUGGCACGUACACCUGAUAAUCCCUCCAACACCCCCUCUAACAGGAGUGACAGCUGGCAGAAUGGAGGGACAUCUUGUAAAAGCAGGGGCCCAGAUGAGUCAGGCCCAGGGUACAACAUAGAGCAACCAGAGGACAGGGAGCCCAGUGAGCCCUCUGGGAAAAAAUUAGAUAAGGAGCUGAAGCAGGGACCUGUCAAGACAGACAUAGCUGAACCUCUGUCCCAGUAUGAGCUCAGCACCUACCCAAUUGAGGGGGAUGCAGGGGGACCAGUUUCAAAUCCAGAUGGAUACCAGGAUGCCUUGUCCAAAAAACAAAGACGCCCACAGGAAGAUGACAGAAGGAGGAAGGAACAGGGAGCCGCUGUACCAGUGAAGAACAGGACUAUCACAUCCAAGAUUCCACCACGCUUUGCUAAAAAGCAGGGAAGCAUGAGCAUUGAACAACCUGAGGAAGCACAUUCUUCCAACAACCUGGGAACUGAAAUCUGGGAGACCAACAGUUCAGCUCUUUCAGUACAGUCUUCAGGAGGAGACUCGUGGACUAAACAGGUGUCUUACACUGGAAGCGAGCCCAACUCUGAGGACUCUGAUGCUGGCCCGGAGCAGAGUAAGGAACAGCACAAACCAGGGCCCAUUGGAAAUGAACGCUCCCUAAAGCACCGCAAGGGCUCAGAGGGUGUUGAUCGGCUGGAAGGUGGCCCCAUCACACCAGUCAAUGGUGUGGACCUCCAUGUGGACACUGUGCUGCCUGUGCCUCCUAUUGAAUUUGGUGUCAGUGCCAAAGAUUCUGAUUUCAGCCUACCACCAGGCUCCACCCCAGUCCCCGUGUCCAAUCCUGUCAACAAGCUUCAGGACGCACUUGCCACCAAUACGACUCUCAAUCAGAGCAUCCCCAUGCUGCGUUCCAACCACCUGCAACCCGGUAUUAACCUCAAUCCCAUCUCCUUCCCCAGUGCUGACCUCACCCUCAAGAUGGAAUCAGCUCGCAAGGCAUGGGAGAACUCCCAGUCCCUCCCUGAGCAGGGCUCUCCUGGUGGAGGUGCUUCAGGGGCUCAGCCUCCCUGCAGUGUUGGCUCUUCCACUGGUGUCAGCUACAGCUCUUUUGGAGGGGUUUCCAUGCCACCGAUGCCCGUGGCAUCAGUAGCACCUUCCAUGUCCAUGCAAGGUAAUCAUAUUCCCCCUUUGUAUCUGGAUGGUCAUGUAUUCCCUAGCCAGCCACGCCUCGUACCUCCCACCAUGACCCAACAGCAGACGUACCAACAGGCGGCUGCAGCCCAGCAGAUUCCCAUCUCUUUACACACAUCUCUUCAAGCUCAGGCUCAGUUGGGUCUUCGGGGAGGUCUACCCGUUUCCCAGUCCCAAGAGAUGUUCAACUCUAUUCCACCCUUCAGGUCCCAGGUUUACAUGCACCCCAACCUGUCACAGCCCAACCCCAUGGUGCUGUCGGGCGGAGCCCCUCUCAAGGGUCCCUACUCGGCUUUCCCUGGCAUGCAGCCAUCAGACAUGGUCAAGCCACAGUCAGGCUCACACUAUCAACCUAUGAAUGGCAGCCAGCAGCUAGUCUAUGACAGCCAGAUGAACCAGGGACCUGGUAUGGGUUCUUCCCAACUAAUGGACUCUCAGCUCAUCCAAGUGACCAUGCCUCUACCUGGCUCUCAGCUGCGCUAUGGCUCAGCUCAGCAACAUCUCAUCCUCCCACAGUCCAUUCAGCUGCAGCAGGGACAGAACCUGUCAGUUGGUGCCCCACGCCGAAUGUUGCCUCCUGGCUCCCAGCCUGCUGUCAUGACUGGCAGCCGUGAGGGCUCGCAGAUGGAAAUGAAAGGGUUCCAGUUCUCUGAAAAGCCCAAUCAUUCCCCAGGCAUAUCUGGAGGGUCCUACAGGCCUGGGUCUGCCAGCCCUAGUGGGAAGCCUUCUGGUCCUGGGGGGCCCGUAGGCCCUCUGCCUACACAUUUUGCCCAACAGGUCCCACCUGCUCAGGGUAGCAUGGUGAUGCACAUGCGGCCCCCCACCACAGGCCCUUUCCCCAACCCUAUCCAGAGACCUGUCAUGCAGGUCAACAAGCCUGUCAUCAUCCGCUCCCCCCCUUAUCCCAAUCCUGGCCGCGACCCUCCCCACUCCACCCCUCCCUCUGCCCCCGAGCCCCCUGUCAAAGGGCCAGAGGAUGGCAUGAAGAGUAAAACCAUGCGAGAAGUGCGCAAGGCAGUGGGAGAGGGCAAGACACCAUCUGGGGGCAUGACCAGCAAACUCCAGGAGCCACUACCCUCCACAGGGCAAGCCAAACCAGCACGCACUGGAGCCAUCAAACCCCAGGCUGUUAAAGUAGAGGAGGGCAAGGCGUAACAAUGGACCUUAAGAUCCUCAUCACCCCCCAGCCUGCUAACACAAAGUCCCUUGACCAGUGUCUGAGCCUUCUAAGACCCACCUUAACUCAUGGCACCAAGGCAGGGGUUAUACAUACAGACACCAUAAUGAAUUAAUCUUCUUGAACUGUCAGAACUGGACAUUAUUAUUUCACAACACAUAUAGAGAUAUAUAAAUAUAUAUAAAUAUAUACAUAGACACAAACAGUCUUUUAAGCAGAUCUCUUCAAGGUCCUCUUUAAUUUAUUAUUAGUCACUUUUAAGGGGAGAUUGGUAAAGAUAUUUCUGUUUGUGUGUGUGUGUGUGUUUCUCUCCAAGGUGGGGGAAGGAAUGUGGCCAACUCAGACAGAUGGUUCAUUUUUCAUACCAUUUUGCCAAACUGUAUUUACUCCCUGUUUAUGGACUGUAGCCCUUAAGAUCAGGCAGACACUUGAUAUAACUCACUAUGAGAAGUCUGUUUAAAUUUUUUUAAACAAAUCUGAAAUGCAGUGGGGCACUUCUUUGUCAUAUUUCAUUGGCAUUUUUGCUGGUAAAUAAAAUGUUUAACUCAUCAUCACCCAUUCCUCCUCUUGGUAAAGGACUUAUUUUGUUAACCCAGAAAAAAAAAAAGAAAAAUAAAUAAAAAAUCUUUCAGUUUGUGAACAACAUUGCAUGUCAACAUCGCAAAGGUCAAGUGCAACACAUCUGGGGUACCUCACCCAGCUCAUGGACUGUGGCAAAAACUGCUUAGAUUGGUAAAAAGUUAUUUCUUUUCUUAAAACUUUGUUCUUUGCUUUUGCAUUCUGUUGCUCACUCUGUAUGUAAAUUGAAACAUAAUGGUGGACAUUUAACCAAAAUCAUGUUGCUUCCAUGGAAACUUCACUGGCAUUGAUACAGCGUGUGCAUGUGAUCUGCUGAACGUGUGUAAACUCGCAGGACUCCUGCCUGAAACCUAGCAACAUCUCAAAAAGACUGUACCUGAACUCGGCAUUCAUAGUGCUGCCAUCGACUGUGUGGAUUUUGAUCAACCAAGCUGGCAACAAUUUUAUGGGCUGUCUUUGUCAAGUUACGUGUGGGGAAGGAGCUGCAUUCACAUUUUGCUCUAAAGGACCUCCCCCUCCUUACCCAAAAAGAAGAAAAAAAUAGCUGAAAUGUUUGCUUUCUUACGGCUUUGUUUGGGUUGUAAUUAAUCUAAUUGUCUGUUAAUGAAUAUGUGACGUAAGUGAUGAUUUUUACGUCCCUCACGGGGCGCUUUGCCUUUUUUUUUUUUUUUUCUUUUUAAGGCUUUUGAAAGACCUGUCUUUCCAAUUCCGUUAAAAUCCCUCUUCACAGUACUGUGGGGAUUUCCGAAGAAACUGACUCAUCCCCAUUUGAUAAUUCAGUAUCUGGUCUCUGAGAUGGCACUAGCAAUAACUGCAGCCUAACUAUAAUCACAAUCAGGGUCCAAAUAACUUUUUUUUUUUUUUUCCUCUGUUAGUAGCUAAUGAUCACAAGGGCGUUUAGCAUUGCUUGUUAAAUUAAAAUGUGAUCUUUGCUUAAGCUUUUGGUUUUUUUUUUUUUGUGAGCACUGCAGUUCCAGGGGACUACGAAGGACUUUUAAAAGUGUUUAUUCUGUUUGAAAAUGUGAAGCUGACUCCUCAUUUAUUUUAUUUUUUUGUAAUGGACACUCAUUUUGAAACUCAAUGCCAAUGUCAUAACUGGUUAAAUGUUACUGCUUACCAUAACGCUCCAUGACACUACAAAAUGUUACAAUUUAUCUUUAUGACUGUGUUUCACUGGUAUAUAUGUAUAUGCAUACUUAACUGUACAGUUGAGCCUUGCCAGCGAGGGGAGGCUUAAACCCACAUUUCAUUUUAGAUAUUGUGGCACUAUAAAGGAUUUAACGUUGAAAAGUUCACUGUGUUCUCAGAAUGGACUGCUUUCACUUGUUGAUAGGUUUAUCGGGCUUGGAGUGUUUUGCCUCUCGUCCCUUGCCGCAAAAGAUCUUGAUGCUUCUCAUCAUUGUACCUGCACCAAAAUGUUGCCCUGACUUUCUUUUUUUUUUUUUUUUGUACUUUCAAGAUGCAUAUUUCAUUUUGUCAGAGGACCAGUGCUUUCUACAGCUGAUCCAACAUUCUAUUUAUCCUCUCUGAUCUUUAUCCUUUCAGAUAUUUGGUCAUUACUCUCCCUUGUUUAAAAAAAAAAAAAGAGCUUAUUGAAAGAAAAGAAUAAAGCAGUUGUGAUUUCUUAAAUGUACUGUUGAUUCUGUAUUCUCACUUUGUCAUAUUAAAAUCAUGCAUCAAGUUGUUGUGAAUGGAGAAAGUAUGAUGUAUGAAAUGGUUAUAGGCUUGUGUCCAGCACAAUUUCUGACUGUUUUGCACGUUGUGUUACAGAAUUUUGCACAAAUGUUCACCUUGAAGCCAAAGAGAAGCGUUUCCACCAAGCACACGAGUACUUCCAGCUUGGAGUUAUGUUAUGAAUUUCAACAAAAACAUCUGGUUUACUUGAACAUUUUUUGCAACUCGUGGUUAUGCGAUAAAACUUUUUUCUUUGUCUAUCCUGCAAGAUGGUUUAUAACAAAAACCCAUUUCUUCAAGGCACAUCAAACUAAAGAAAUAUAAAUCCAAGACAAUUCAUGUUGGUCUGUACUGUUCAUCCCAGCCCUCUCUGAUUUAACUGUAACUCAAGUCUACACUAAAGGGCUUGAUGACCUGUAGUGAAGGAUCACAAAUAGACAUUCAGAACUCAAAAAGGGUUAGGAAAACAGUUCUGGACACUGACAACCACUCUUACAUUUUCGUUUUAUGUGAGUUAUGAAUGAAUGAGCCAGCAAAACCAGACUGACCUGUAAAUCCAUUGCAACAUUGGAUGAUCCAGUAAAGUGUCUUAUUACAGUUAAUUCGGCGUGAUAAUUCUCCAUUAUUUGGUUAGUAUUUUAUUAACAGUUACUACCAUAACAGCACAAUAAAAACAAUGCACCUGUAACAAGCGGGCUACGUGGCGUCAGGACUGUCACAUUCCAAGGAUUUUUGCGGGACAAAGAGGCUUGUCUGAGCGAAGAAAGUUUUCCCUUUGUGGCUACGGAGUGAGGAGGUCGCGUAGCUCACCACAGGAUUCACUGGUGUUCCACCUCUGGACAUUGUGAGAGUCUGUACGUCAGGUAAACAAGAUGACUACCAAGGGCAGCGUCAGACCCGAUGAAGGCCUGAUGAUGAUGCAGGAGCUUGACGACCGGCUGAAAGAGCAGAUCGACAAACUGGAACAUGUUCGCCUUGAUGCAGUUGAACUGAAGGACAGCUUAUCUGGGAGCAACAGUGAUCUAACCCAGUCUAUUGCUGAACAUCUCGAAUGGCUGAAUCACUUGUCAGAGCGAGUGGAGACUCUUCACAUGAACACAACUGUGUUUGUUCAGAUGAAUCCUAAGCCACGUGCAUGGGCAGGCAAACAAGGAUCCAAAUACCGCUUGGGACGUUUCCAUCAGGCUGAUGAUGCCCAGUCGGAGUUUGGCUGGUCCCCAAUUCGCACACGAAGAAACAGUGAUGCUGCCUCUGAAAUGUCCUGUAAUUGGUGACCUAGCAGACUGUGGCCAGUAGAUCAACUGAGGUUGCAGUUUAAUGAAAAAUAUCAAACAGCUCACUUCGACCAAACUGAUGACUGAAAACCAAACUCUUUGCACAUUUAUUUUCUUUAUUGGUACAUUUUCCAUCAUUAUGAUAAUACAUUUUACAUAUAAUGUAAUACUUUACACUUUUCUAUAAACUGUGUUAUGUUGUUGAACAUGCUAGAUUUUUAAUAAAAUCUUAACUACUCAGUGCUGC